AUGGCAGCCGAGAUCCACUCGCGGCCGCAGAGCAGCCGGCCCAUCCUCCUCAGCAAGGUCGAGGGGCACCAGGAUGUGGUCAGCGCCGCGCUCCUCAUCCCGAAGGAGGAUGGAGUCAUCACGGCCAGCGAGGACAGAACAAUACGAGUAUGGCUGAAGAGGGACAGUGGACAGUACUGGCCCAGCAUCUAUCACACCAUGUCAUCACCAUGUUCAGCCAUGGCAUAUCAUCAUGACAGCAGGCGAAUAUUUGUAGGCCAGGAUAAUGGAGCUAUCAUGGAGUUUCAUAUUUCAGAGGACUUUAAUAAGAUGAACUUUGUGAAGACCUAUCCAGCUCAUCAGAAUCGAGUGUCUGCUAUUACUUUCUGCCUGGCGUCAGAGUGGGUUAUCAGCACUGGUCACGACAAGUGUAUCAGCUGGAUGUGCACCAGGAGUGGGAGUAUGCUUGGGAGACAUUAUUUCACCUCUUGGGCUUCGUGUCUACAAUAUGAUCAUGAGACUCGGCACGCGUUCGUUGGUGAUUAUUCUGGACAGAUCACUCUCCUGAAGCUUGAGCAGAACACGUGCUCAGUUAUCACCACACUUAAAGGGCAUGAAGGAAGUAUUACUUCUCUGUGGUGGGAUCCUGUUCAACGCCUGCUCUUCUCAGGUGCCUCUGACCACAGCAUUAUCAUGUGGGACAUUGGUGGAAGGAAGGGGCGAACACUGCUGCUCCAGGGACAUCACGACAAGGUGCAGGCUAUCUGUUACAUCCAGCUGACACGGCAGCUCGUAUCUUGUUCAGCUGAUGGGGGAAUUGCUGUUUGGAACAUGGAUAUCAGCCGAGAAGAGGCUCCUCAAUGGCUUGAAAGUGAUUCCUGUCAGAAGUGUGAACAACCUUUCUUCUGGAACAUAAAGCAAAUGUGGGACACAAAGACAUUAGGGUUGAGACAGCAUCACUGCAGAAAAUGUGGGCAAGCAGUGUGUGGCAAGUGCAGUACAAAACGGUCAAGUUACCCCAUCAUGGGAUUUGAGUUCCAGGUCCGUGUCUGUGAUUCCUGUUUUGAGUCCAUCAAGGAUGAAGACCGUACUUCAUUGGCAACCUUUCAUGAAGGAAAACACAACAUUUCACACAUGUCCAUGGACAUCUCCAGAGGGCUGAUGGUGACCUGUGGGAGUGAUCGGAUUGUGAAGAUCUGGGACAUGACGCCAGUAGUUGGUUGCAGCCUUGCAACUGGCUUCUCUUCGCGCUGA